AUGGGCUUCACUACCGGCUUUACCGGCGGUGUCACGCUUACCCUCUCCCUCGCCUACCUCUCCGUGCUCGCUCACCAACGCACCCGUGAGCAGCAAGGCUCAGCCCUUCGCGCACAAGCUCUCGCUCUGCAAGGCUUGAUCGAUCCUCUCCCACCACUGCCACCACCUACGCGGUCCGAGGUCGCCGCCGCUCAAAGAGCCAAGACUGUCGAGAUUGUCAAGGACCGAUGGAACACUGAAAUCGAAAACGCCGUGCGAUGGGUGCAGCACACUGACUGGGUCCAAGUGCGCGAAGGCCUCGAAGAUACUGCAUCACGAGCGUGGGCUCGAGCCUUUGGUGUCAGCCCUUCAGACGCCGUCGACCAGGCUGGGCAGAAGGUCAUACGGGCUGAGCAACAGGCCAAGCCAUUUGUGAAGGAAGAGGCCGCUAAGCUUGGUGAUGCCAGUGGAAGAGUCGCCGCGGCGGCCAAGAGCGCUUUCCAAAAGGCGAAGUCAGAGGCCAAGGAGUUUGCCGGCAUCGCCCUGGAUCAUAGCAAGGAUAAGGAGAACGUUGACAUCGCCCAAGAGGACGGUGCGCUUACUGCGCUGACUCCUGUGGAGAGAGCCCUUCAGCAGCGAUUUAAGAAGCCAGAGGAUAAGGUGAACAAGACAGUGGAGGAGGCGCUGAAGGACCGAUACAAGCCGAUGGAUGCGAGGGAUAAUACGCAACUGAGGGGAGUCUAA